GCCAGUCCCUGGAAACAGUUCCGGGAAACCCCUCGCGUCGCCGGGGUCGCUCUUGCUCGCCCAUGAGGGAAGGGAAGAGGAGGAGCGCGCGCCAUUUGCAGCCGCCGCUCCCGCCGUGCCGCGCAGGGCCCGCUCCGCAUAAUAAAAUGGCUAAUCAGGUGAAUGGUAAUGCGGUACAGUUAAAAGAAGAGGAAGAACCAAUGGAUACUUCCAGUGUAACUCACACAGAACACUACAAGACACUGAUAGAGGCAGGCCUCCCCCAGAAGGUGGCAGAGAGACUUGAUGAAAUAUUUCAGACAGGAUUGGUAGCUUAUGUUGAUCUUGAUGAAAGAGCAAUAGAUGCUCUCAGAGAAUUUAACGAAGAAGGAGCCCUCUCUGUAUUACAACAGUUUAAGGAAAGUGACCUGUCGCAUGUACAGAACAAAAGUGCAUUUUUAUGUGGAGUUAUGAAGACCUACAGACAGAGAGAGAAACAAGGAAGCAAAGUACAAGACUCAACGAAGGGGCCAGAUGAAGCAAAGAUUAAGGCUUUGCUAGAGAGAACUGGUUAUACUUUGGACGUGACCACAGGGCAAAGGAAAUAUGGCGGCCCUCCUCCAGAUACUGUCUACUCUUCUUCCCAGCCUAGCAUUGGCACAGAGGUUUUCGUUGGCAAAAUCCCCAGGGAUUUGUAUGAGGAUGAAUUGGUGCCUCUAUUUGAGAAAGCAGGCCCAAUUUGGGACUUGCGGCUCAUGAUGGAUCCCCUUUCUGGGCAGAACAGGGGCUACGCUUUCAUUACUUUCUGUAGUAAAGAUGCUGCACAAGAAGCUGUCAAGCUGUGUGACAACUAUGAAAUCCGUCCUGGCAAACACCUUGGCGUGUGCAUCUCCGUGGCAAACAAUAGGCUGUUUGUUGGAUCAAUUCCCAAAAACAAAACAAAGGAAAAUAUACUAGAAGAGUUCAGUAAAGUUACAGAGGGUUUGGUGGACGUGAUCUUGUAUCAUCAACCUGAUGAUAAAAAGAAGAAUCGUGGAUUUUGCUUCCUGGAAUACGAGGAUCACAAAUCAGCAGCGCAGGCUCGGCGUCGGCUGAUGAGUGGGAAAGUAAAAGUCUGGGGAAAUAUUGUAACUGUGGAAUGGGCUGAUCCAGUAGAGGAACCCGAUCCAGAGGUCAUGGCAAAGGUGAAAGUUCUGUUUGUGAGAAAUUUGGCCACCACAGUGACAGAAGAGUUACUGGAGAUUUCCUUUUCGGAGUUUGGAAAGCUGGAAAGAGUGAAAAAACUAAAAGACUAUGCUUUUGUUCAUUUUGAGGAUAGGGGGGCAGCCGUCAAGGCCAUGAAUGAAAUGAAUGGAAAAGAAAUAGAGGGGGAAGAAAUUGAAAUAGUGUUAGCCAAACCUCCAGAUAAGAAAAGGAAAGAGAGGCAGGCUGCCAGACAAGCCUCCAGAAGUACUGCGUAUGAAGAUUACUAUUAUUAUCCUCCCCCUCGUAUGCCACCGCCUAUUAGGGGCCGAGGUCGUGGAGGGAGAGGCGGUUACGGCUACCCCCCAGAUUACUAUGGCUACGAAGAUUAUUAUGAUGAUUAUUAUGGCUAUGACUAUCACGACUACCGUGGUGGCUAUGAAGAUCCUUACUACGGCUACGAUGAUGGCUAUGCUAUAAGAGGAAGAGGAGGAGGAAGGGGUGGGCGAGGCGCACCUCCACCACCUAGGGGGCGGGGAGCACCACCACCAAGAGGUAGAGCUGGCUAUUCCCAGAGGGGAGCACCAAUUGGACCGCCAAGAGGAGCCCGGGGUGGGAGAGGGGGUCCCGCCCAGCAACAGAGAGGACGUGGUGCUCGUGGAGCCCGGGGCAACCGCGGGGGCAACGUGGGAGGCAAGAGAAAGGCGGACGGGUACAACCAACCUGAUUCCAAGCGCCGCCAGACCAACAACCAGCAGAACUGGGGCUCCCAGCCAAUCGCCCAGCAGCCGCUCCAGCAAGGUGGUGACUAUGCCGGUAACUAUGGUUACAAUAAUGACAACCAGGAAUUUUAUCAGGAUACUUACGGGCAACAGUGGAAGUAACACAAAAUAAGGUGGGCGUGUGGGAAUGUUGGCAAGAUAGAAUUUGGCUUAUAACUCUACAUCCUUCCAAAAAUUGGCUUAAUGUUUCAUCCUUCAGUAAUGAUUGGCUGCCAUUUGUAUUGGGCUGAAGAAUCACUCUAUUGUGUAUAUACUCAAGUCUUUUAUUUUUUUCUUUUCUCAUAAAUGCACUUGGACAUUACUGAGCUUGCAGAAUUCCCAAACUCAGUUUGGGGAUAACAGUGCUUUUUAUCAUUUAGGCUUCAUUUUAGCAGUUUUAUCAGCAGGAUGGGCAAGACUUGUUAAAUCAUGAUUUUGCAAACCUUCUGUUUUUUGGACAGUUUCAUUUUUUUUCCUUUUUGGAUUUGGGAUAGACUACAUAGGCAUAUGCUGUACAUAAACUAAAGCUAGUACUUUGUCUCAGUAGUUUUAAGGAAUUAAAACAAAAUUAAGUUUUCUUGUAUUAAAAAAAAUAACAUGACUGUAUGUUUUGCAUUCCUAGAAGUAGGUAAAAAAACUGUGUUUUUAAAUUGUUAUAACUUCACACCUUUUUGAAAAUCUGCCCUACAAAAUUUGUUUGGCCUAAACGUCAAAUCCGUGGCAAUUUGUUCCUUGAUGUGAUUGUAUUUCCAAUUUCUUCUUGUUCAUGUAAGAUUUCAAUAAAACUCAAAAAUCUAUUCAAAA